UUCCCAUCAAAUGCUGAUAGAAGAAGCACUAACACGCCCCUCGGCCCGGCAGGAAGCACAUGAGUGCGAAGAACCAUGUCUACGCGGGAUGACGAGCGCGAGCCCCUCUUGCCGCCCCCCUGCCACGCCUUCGUCCGCCAGCGGAGCAUCCGGAUGCCCAGGAACCGCUACCCGAGUGGGCAGCCGAUCAGCCCGGACUCCCGACCACAGAAGUUCCAUUCUGGCAGCUUGAAUAGGUGGACGGCGCACUGGGGUACAGACACAGCACUGCAGGACUCGUAUCUGGCCAGUGACCGAAGUCUCAGACAGACAGACUUAUUCCCGACGAGUGCCCGCUUUCUGGAGCAAUCUGCCGCCAGUCCCUACCCCGCCUCGGACUGCCAGUACCUUCCUCCGCGCCCGCCGCCGACCAGGUCCUCUAAGGAGGUUCCUAGGUGCCUGAGUCGCGAAGCGCUGAGACCUGCCAUCUCCUUCAUCCAUGAGAGUGAUGGUCGCGCAGCGUCGAUGAAGGCCCAGGCUCCCUCACCUGAACCUUUCAACGACGGCGCCCGCCGGUACCUGGAGUCGAUCCGGCAGACGCAGCAGUUCUCUCAGUCCUGGAGUCGCAACAGCUACAAGGACAUCGGCCCGACUCGGGAGGGAGCCACACCGCCACCCAGCGACCGUUUCAGCAGGCAAACCAGGUCGCUGAGAGGGACGUUGUCGCGCUAUGGCCACCAGGGAAACGAGUCUCCUUCUCUCAGGAAUCCGUCACCCUCUCCGCGCGGGCGGACUUUCGUAUCAGACAGAGUUCUCGAAUCCCUGAAGGACUCUGAAAGACAAAGAAGUAAAUCUGGAUCCUCGUCUCCGCAGAGCCCGCGGUCGCCGCCCUGCUCCCGCCGCUGCCGCUCUGUCACGAGAGAGCCGGAGUCUCCCGUCGAGGAGAGGAGUCAGUCAUUCACGCUGAACCUGAUGCAGAGACUGCGGAGGAGGUCGCUGUCUCCCUCUCUCCGAACGCUCACGCCACAGAGCUCUCCGGUUCUCGGCAGGAGAUCCCACAGAGGCUCCGACGCCACUUCAGAAGGGGCGUUCAAGAGGCAUGGGAGUCUGCCCAUUCCUCGGAAACACAGCUUAGAGAGAAACUGGAGAUCCAGCUCCCUCCGGCACCCACGUGCCCAGACCGGAGUUAUGCAAACCUUGAACAACAUUAUCUCUUCACGGAGGGAAAGCGAGGCCUGCUUUGCCCUGCUCCCCACGCCGCCUUCGGACACCGCCUCGCCUCGGAGCCCGCUGCCCAACCCUGCCAGUACCCUGUCGAACUACACGGGAAGGUCCAGUCCAUAUAAGGCCUCCAUGUCCUCCGCGCACCCCAGAGAAGCGCAAGAUUCGAGCUCCUCGACCGGCAGUUCGACGGAUGAGUCGCCGUCCUCGUCGAGCGGACUCAGCGGCCUUCGCAGCAGCAACUCUUUACGAGGCGGGGCCCCGAGUUCAGUAGACUCUUUAUAA